AUGCCAGAGAAGAGGACAAAGCCUUGUUCUAGUUGUAAAAAGACUAAAGUCAAGUGCAUUUAUACCUCAGGUCUUCCCUGUGAAAGAUGCAUCAGAAUAGGCGCACCACUGAAGUGCCAGUUCAUACCUAAAUUACCCUCAUUAUCGCUACCACUGCUUGGUGGGAAUGAAAGUAGUACCAACGGGCUACUCAGAUUGGGCCAGCAAAGACAGGAAAAUUUUAUUCCAAUACCGACAAUUCUGUCACACAAUCAAGCUAAUUCAGCGCACCAACCACCCAUACAUACCAAUGUUCCCUCUUCUUCCUUAUCCCGAACACCCAUACAGUCAUACAACUCCUACGAUGCUCCUGAGCCAUCGAACGGGAUGUGGAAAACACAAAUGGAAAAUAAAAUGGCCUCCUUCGAUAAUAAAUUGAAUGACUUGGUGGAUAUAUUGAAGAUCAACCAGAAGAUGUUGCUAGACAACCAGGCGCGAUACGACCAGCUGCAACAGCAUAUGCAUUAUACCCAGCCACAACACCAUUCAUACUAUAGUUUACCGCAGACAAGGUCUCAGACUCCACAGCCCAUACCACAGACCCAUCUUCCUCAGUUGGGUCUCCCUUACACACCAAUGCAGUAUACCCAAACUCCUCCGACUGCCCAUCUCUCCCAAAAUACUGCUGAAUCACAUAAGAGGUCGUAUCCCGAGAACGAUACUGUGAAUUCUUCCUCACAACUUGGUUCUAGAAAGAGGCUCAAAGACGUAGCCAAAAUCUCCCGAGAAUCUACAGAAAUUAUAGAAAAUUCCGAUUUUAGAGACAAUCUUCUUCUGAAAGAUGAAGCUUUAUUACUUUUCAAUUUCUUUGAUGAGAAUAUCACUCAACAACUUUUUGGGUUUGAACUAUCGAAGUUCCCCAUAUCAGAGAUCUGGGAAUCAUCCCCUAUCCUUGUUUGUACAAUCUGUACAAUCUCAUCAAUACAUCACCCCAACGUUCAGCUUUCCAGUAAGCAAAACAAAUUGAAACAGCACCUUCACAAAUUAUGUGGAGAACUUAUAUACAUGGGGAGACCGAAAAGUGAACUCGAAGGUUUCAACACGAUAGUAGCAUUAAUAUUGUGUAGUUUCUGGCUCACAGACUCUCAAAUGUUCACCGGUUUGGCUCUUCAAAUUGCCAAAGAAAUUGGAUUAAGUCCCUCAUCUCCAAAUUUUGUUAGUGGUAAUAGUAGUGGUGAGAAGGAGAAAAAUGGAUUAAGUAAGAAAGAUAAGCUAAAGCUAUGGUACUUGUUAUACGUACUAGAUGGACAGCAGAGUUUGACCUUUAAUAGACAACCCUUGGUCAAUUCUAACGACUAUAGCUUAGUGAAUGUGAGAGGUCUAUUAGUUGGUGAUAAAGAUAAAACUAUUAAAGAGAAAGAGAUCUCAAAUGAUGGCACCAAUAAGAAUGGCUCUUUAGUCAAGAUAACAAGUCGGCUUUCGAAAGAUUCACCUCCCACUCCCGCUGUGGCAAGUGCUUCCACUGCUUUUACAGAUUUAAGAUUAGUAUCCCAGGUUGAAUAUAAUCAAGCAUUGAAUGAAGCGUUUAAUGGGGAUGCAUGGGAUCUUUUAGCUCCUUCUUCAUUCGGAAUACCUUCAAAGUCCAACCUUGAAUUGGAUAAGUGGAUGGUGUCAUGGACUGUUUUGCUUUCACCAGUGAAUAAUGGAGCAGUAUGGUCAUCAAAAUCUACAUUAAUCUAUUACAACUUUGCAAAGAUGCACAUCAAUUCUAAAGCAGUACGGCAGCUUCAGUUUCAUACUUCAGCGGAUGGUAAUAUGUUGCCAAAGUGGAAUGCUAGCGAAGACAGUAAUAUUGAAAGGAAAAUAGAAUCUUUGGGAAACGUUAAGAGAACAUCGACGAAGGUACCUAAUUCUCCUGAUAGCGAAGAGGAUAGCGAAGAGAGUGAUGAUGAUGAAGACGAAUUCAUUUCUAAUAAAGAAUUAGUAUCGGAAGAUGAAUCCGUGCUUGACGCUACUAUUGCAGUUAAUGCAGCCAGUACCGUAAUAAAUCUAGUUGUCAAUGAUAACGAUAUUCUAAACAACUUAAAGUAUGUGCCAGUUCACAUCCAUAUAAUGCUAUACUAUGCGGCUUUACUACUAAUUAACCCGCCUCUGCAAUCCGAUAACAAAUUAGUACAAUAUUCGCCUGAAAAAUAUUAUGAGAAGGUAUUGACGAACUUGAAAACAGUAAAAAAGCUUCAAAAGAAAAUCUACUUGAAUUUACCAAUCGAUAAGAGUUUUGGUAAUAGACUCAUCAAUAGUUUAGAAGAGGUUUUUGGUGAGAAGGUAAGCAGUUUGAAGAGAGGAAUUCUUUCUAACUCAGAGUUAGACUCAGACGUGAAAAGUCACCUUGCUAAUGAAAUCAAUAGGUUCAUUGAAUCUGAUGAGUCUAAAGUAGGAGAUGAAUUUCAAUCAGAUGCUGAUCUGUCAAAAAGUGCAAGUCCUGCUCCUGAAAAGAUAUUUGCAUGGCCUGGCUCAAAUCACGGGCACCCAUCGGUGGUAACAAAAGACGUUUCUUCCAUAAAUGAAUAA